AUGAUGAUCUUCCGGAGAGGUUUGGCUACGGCCACAAACGCAACCACAAUGGCGUCGCUCAAGAAGGCUGGCAAGGUCGUGUGCAUUGGCCGCAACUAUGCGGACCACAUUGCUGAACUCAACAACACCCGCCCCAAGCAACCCUUCUUUUUUCUGAAGCCUUCUUCCUCCAUCUUGGCCCCCGGGGAGGGUCCGGUCGUCCGCCCCAAGGGUGUUGACCUUCACUACGAAGUCGAGCUCGCCCUUGUCCUCGGCAAGCGUAUCAGAGACUUUGAUGAGAAUGACAACAAGGCCGCUCUCGACGCCAUUGACAGCUACGCCCUCAGCAUCGACAUGACCGCCCGCAACGUCCAAAACGAAGCCAAGAAGAAGGGCCUCCCCUGGGACAUCUGCAAGGGCUUCGACACCUUCCUCCCCGUCAGCAACGUCAUCAACAAGUCGGCCAUUCCCGACCCCCACAACAUCGAGCUCUACCUCACCGUCAACGACAAGGUCCAGCAGCAGGACUCGACCGAGCUGAUGCUCUUCCGCAUCCCCAAGAUCCUCGGCGACAUCUCCAAGGUCAUGACCCUCAACCCAGGCGACAUCAUCCUCACUGGCACCCCCAAGGGCGUCGGCCCGGUCGUUCCCGGCGACGUCAUGAAGGCUGGUAUCAGAAUCAAUGGCAAGGAGCUCGAGGAGGCCAAGAUUGAGGUCCAGGUGGAGGAGUCAACUGGUGCUUACCAGUACGGCGAGACGUAA